AUGCAGGGCAGCCUGCAUGGCGUCGAGCUGUGGAUCGCGAACACAGACGCGCAGGCAAUCGCGGCAUCGCCCGUGGACGCUCGGCGGAAGAUCCAGAUUGGCGGGCAGCUGACGCGCGGGCUCGGGGCCGGCGGCAACCCGGAAAUCGGGACGAAAGCCGCCAACGAGAGCCGCGUAGAGCUGGAGGAGGCACUCGCGGGCGCCGACAUGGUGUUUGUCACGGCCGGCAUGGGCGGCGGCACCGGCAGCGGCGCGGCACCUGUGGUGGCGGCGACGGCGCGUGCGAUGGGCAUCCUGACUGUUGGGAUUGUGACGGUGCCGUUCACGUUUGAGGGGCGGCAGCGCCUGAACCAGGCUCGCGGGGCGUUGAGCGACCUGCAGGCCAAUGUGGACACGCUCAUCACAAUCCCCAACGACAGGCUGCUGCAGGCUGUCGACCCCAACCUGCCUCUUGGGGACGCGUUUCGUGUGGCGGACGACGUCCUGCGCAGCGGCGUGCGCGGCAUCAGUGACAUCAUCACAGUGCCCGGGCUGGUUAACGUCGACUUUGCGGAUGUGCGCGCCAUCAUGUCCAACGCGGGCAGCAGCCUCAUGGGCCAGGGCUACGCGGGCGGCAAGGACCGCGCGCGCGAGGCCGCGCUGAUGGCCACCAGCAGCCCGCUGCUCGAGGUGGGCAUUGAGCAGGCGACCGGCAUCGUGUACAACAUCACGGGGCCCGAGGACAUGACGCUCCACGAGGUCAACGCCGCCGCCGAGAUCAUCUACGAUCUGGUGGACCCCGACGCCAACGUCAUAUUCGGCGCCGUCGUCGACCCAGCCCUGCAGGACGAGGUCAUGAUCACCUUGAUAGCGACCGGCGUCGGCCCCAAGGGCGCCGCGCCCACCCGCGCCGCACCCGCCGCCGCGGCGGCCGCCCACCGGCAGCCCGAGGCGGCGCACGCAAGCUACACGCCGCGCGAGUCUGCGCCGCCGCCGAUGCCCGCGCAGCCGGCAUCGAGGUCGGCCGGCGGCGCGAUCGGCGGCCCGGCGGGGCUGGUUGGUGGGCGCCCGCGCGGCGGCGCUCAGGCGGGCGCUGUUGAAAUUCCGGCUUUCCUGAGGAAGCUGAGGAGGUGA